AAAGGGCGUGGCUCGUUAUUAAGGUGUGGUGGAAGUGUGGCAGGCUGGCAGCCAAGAAAAGAUGCAGAGAUCUCUUUUAUUUGGUUCUCUUUCUUCUCAACCGUUUCCUCUAAGAGCAGUACUUCACUCCAGUCUGUCAUUCAUUAGUUGCAAUAGCUCCAGGUUUAUUCCUACCCGCUCAUUAUCAGAGGGACAGCCUAGGGGAGAGGAGAAGAUCAAGAGGAACAUUCCCCUACCAGAAAGUACUGUACCUGAGUUUGGAGAUAUAGCAACAUUCAUGAGGCUACCAUUGACCCGUCAUGAUCCAAAUGGUUUGGAUGCUUGCUUCAUAGGUAUACCAAUGGACAAUGGUACGUCACUCCGGUCCGGUACUCGCCACGGUCCAAGAGCAGUGAGGAACGAGUCCAGUAUAAUAGGACCAUACAGUCGUAUCACAGGGGCAGCACCGUUUGAGUCACUACAGGUAGGGGACAUAGGGGAUGUCCCUGUUAAUCCUUAUAAUCUUCAUAAAACCGUUGAUAAUAUAUGUGAGCUGUAUAAGAGAGUAUUGAGAGCUGGUUGUACACCGCUGGGUAUCGGAGGAGACCACACCCUCUCACUGGGUGUACUAAGAGCAUUGAGAGAGGUCAAAGGUCAACCUUUGGCCAUGAUACAUGUUGACGCACAUGCUGACGUCAGCGAUACCAUGUUUGGCGAGAAGAUAUGUCACGGGACUUCUUUCAGACGAGCAGUUGAGGAAGGACUUAUUGAUCCUAAGAAAGCAUUUCAAAUUGGGCUAAGAGGAGGAGGCUAUGGCCCUGAUGAUUAUGACUGGCCACUAGAACAAGGUUUUCACAUGUUUCCAGCGCAUGACUUAUGGUAUAAGUCCCUGGUUCCAUUGAUGGCUGAUAUCAGAAGGGAAUUAGGAUCAACUCAACCGGUUUACUUAACAUUUGAUAUUGAUGCAAUUGAUCCAAGCUACUGCCCAGGAACAGGUACUCCAGAGAUAGCAGGUUUGACAACAGCACAAGCUCUUGAGGUAAUUAGAGGUACAAGAGGUUUAAACAUAGUCUCAGCUGAUGUUGUUGAGGUGAAUCCAUUGUAUGAUGUUAGUGGUGGUACUGCAAUCACAGCUGCUAAUUUGUUGUUUGAAAUUUUGUGCUCCCUUCCAGGUGUCAAGUAUAAACAGAGAUAGCAAGUAACUUUCAUUAAUUAUUAAAAAUUAUAUUUAUUUGUAUUAAUCAAUCUAUUUAUUACUUCACUAAAAAUGU